GGGAAUAGUUGAGACACAUGGACUACAUUAUCUAUCAAAGUAUGGAAAGAGAGCAGAAACCUUGAAUCUCUCUGUGUGGAAUAAAAGGGUGGAUAGCUUUAUUAGAGAGAGAGAGAGAGAGAGAGAGAGAGAUGGACACUUUGUCUAGUUAAGAUAGCACCUUUCUACCUUCCUCUCAAUCCUCAAAUCACCACGCUUCUUUAUUUUCUUUCCCAUUCACAAAAUGGAUCUGCAAGUACCACAAGAAGUGAUGAGAUCCAACAACACAACUACUGAUAUUCUAAUCAUACACUACUUGUAGUGUUGCCAAAUCGAAACCAAGCUAAGAAGAAGAAGAAUCACAGAGAACAGAAAAAGAUGGCAACGUACUUUCAUGGCGGCAACAAUAACAAUAACAGUGGCAGUUCGGAUAUUCAUCAUCAUCAAUCUUCCGCAGAAGGAGGGGGAUUACAGACACUGUUCCUCAUGAAUCCAAACAACUACGUACCUUUCCCCUCUGACACCGCACAAAAUCCAACACCAAACAUGCUCUUCUUCAAUCCCAACAACAGUACUACUACUCCCCACGCGCUCAACCUCGCAAGUCUCUCUCACGCGCCGCCCCAACAACAAAUAAUCGGAGUAGAACCUGCCGGCGGUGGCAAUGAGAUCUCCGGCUUCCAUGGCUUUGUGGGGCCCACACCACGUGUUCAUCACUACAAUUGGGGAUCCAUCAUGGAUCAAACGGCUCUUUCUUCUUCCUCUUCUUCUGUUGUUGCAGCAACUGUGACGGUUGUUCCAAAUAAUUAUUCGGAACAUACAGUCACAACCGCAACAACAGAAAUGAGAUUUCAUAGAGCGGGAGGCCAUCAAUCCCAUCAUCAUCCGCAAGGGUUGUCACUUAGUCUUUCCUCUCAACAACUUCCGUUUAGGUCUUUUUCCAACGCCGGUGGGGUUUUGAAUAGUGUUGUACUUGGAUCCAAGUUUCUGAAAGCGGCACAGGAGCUUCUUGAUGAAGCCGUUAACGUGGGUAACGAUAAUAAGAUGGAUUAUUCCAACAAUAAAGAGAAGAUGAAAGGGAAUAAAAAUGUUGAAUCCACGUCUGAUGGUGGCGGUGAUGAUAAUAGAUCAAGUGGUGGCGGCAGCGGCGGUGAAAAUAGUGGUGGUGACAACAAACAAGGAAGUGAACUCAACACUGCUCAAAGACAAGAACUUCAUAUGAAUAAGUCCAAGCUUGUUACCAUGCUUGAUGAGGUGGAGCAAAGAUACAGAGAGUACAAGCAACAAAUGCAAAUUGUGACGUCAUCAUUUGAGGAAGCAGCUGGUUAUGGAGCUGCAAGAGCAUACACAGCACUUGCAUUGAAGACAAUAUCGAAGCAGUUUCGGUGCCUAAAAGAUGCAAUAUGUUUGCAGAUCAAAACGACUGGCAAGACGCUAGGUGAAGACAACUGCAUGGGAGUUAAAGUGGAGGGUUCAAGGCUUAGAUUCAUUGAUCACAAUCUCCGGCAACAAAGGGCGCUUCAACAGUUGGGAAUGAUACAACACAAUGCUUGGAGACCACAAAGAGGAUUGCCCGAACGAGCGGUUUCUAUUCUUCGAGCUUGGCUUUUCGAACAUUUUCUUCACCCUUAUCCAAAGGACUCCGAUAAGGUUAUGCUUGCAAGACAAACUGGACUUACUCGGAGCCAGGUAUCAAACUGGUUUAUAAAUGCCCGAGUUAGGCUAUGGAAACCAAUGGUUGAAGAAAUGUACUUAGAAGAAAUUAAGGAUCAACAACACAAUAACAAUAAUGGCUCCCAAGAUGAUGAUGAUGAUGAUGACAUUGACACCACCAACAAGAAGAAGAAGAAGAAGCUAAUAAGAGAAUCAUCAAACAAGGAAUUAUGGUCAUCAUCAUCAUCACAAUUAGAACAACCACCAUGUAGUAGUAGUGCCAUUAGACUUGACCACUUAAACACCAACCAAAACAACACUACUCCAAUGACUGAGAUCUCACCAAAUUCCAACAACAAUUCAAUCUCAACAUCUCCAUUGAAUCUAAGGAAUCCUCAUCAUGAGAUUAUGAACUCUCCAGCAGGUAGCAUUCUUUCUGUGGACAUGGAAAUGAAGCCGAUAAGAGAGACAAAUAGCAGCAACAACAACAACAACGUAAAUUUUGGAAUUGAAUUAGGGAACCCUAAUAAAGACGGUUACCCUUUAAUGGCUUCUUUUGGGAAUGAAAACCACGAAGGUGGCGGCGGUAGCGGUAGCGCUUAUGGUUCUACUACAUUCUCCAUGGAAGACAUUGGAAGGUUCCAUCAACAAUUGGUGGCUCCAAGGUUCCAUGGGAAUGGUGUUUCACUCACUCUAGGGCUUCCACCAAGUGAUAACAACAACACCAACAAUAACUUUCCAUCGCAACAAGUAGGGUUUCUCUCCUCACACAACAUGCAUUUAGGAGGAGGAGGAGGAAGGAUUCAUCAUCAUCAUCACGACAUUGAACCAGCAACCAAUGAUGAUGAGUUUUGUGGAAUGAAGAACAAUGCCACAACACCUUCUUCUCAUUCAGGAACAAGUUAUGAUCAUAAUAACAACAACAUUGACAUGCAAAAUCCGAAGAGGUUUGCUUCUCAUCAAUUGUUGCGUGAUUUUGUGGCCUAGCUGCAACCUAAGAUAUUAUUAUUAUUAUUAUUAUUAUUAUUGGAGAUCACAAUUUUCUCAAAGUUUAGGUUUUAUAUAUAUAUAUAUAUAUAUAUAUAUAUAUAUAUAUAUAUGUAUCUUAGAGCAAAGAAAAAAAUUGUUAGACGUGUAUGUAAUUUAAUGCUCUAUAUAUUCUUUUAAUUAGUUAGUUAGUUAUGUCAUAUGUGAUAUAUGAGUGUUAACACAGUAAUUUACUUCUUGUGUUUUUCGUUUAUUUUUGUGAAUCAACCACUACAUACAUUUUGGAAUAACGUGAUGAUUUCUUGGAAGACUUUAGCUAUACGUGGGAGGGUAAUUAAGUUUAAGUUUGCUUCAUCAUGUAAGGAUGAAAACUAUAGUAAAUUAAAAUAGUACAUUACAUAUAUAUA